GAGUGUGUGUGUGUGGGGGGGGGGAGGUCAUGCCCGCGUCGCGGCGAAGGAGGGCCCUGGUCCUGCCCGCCCUUUUAGCCUUGCCUCCUAGCAACCCUUCCUGCGCUGGCGUCGCCUGUGCCUGAAGCAUCUCUUGGUCGCAGCCUCGUCGGGCCUCCUGUGUUGUUUCUGGCUCCGCGCAAGGGCCGGUGGUCCCAGCCCGUUGAUCCCUCUGGCGCUUGCCGGAGGCCAUGUGAGAACAGACCGCUCUCUGACCAUAUCUGCCCAGGGCCUGCUGCCUCAGAGCUGAAUAAUCGCAGCCUCGACUGCUUCCAACGGCGGCACCCAUGGCAAAGAAGGGCGUGACGGCCCUUCAGGAAAGGUGAACAUAAAGUGUCCUAAAGGGGCAUGCAGCAAAUGAAGAAAUACGGAGGCGCAAGUUUGAGGCAGGAAGCAGCAGGGGAUGUUGCUAAAUGGAUGUCUUCUGGCCCUUUAAUGAAAGAGAAGAAUGUGACAGAGAAACAAAAGACAUCUACUUCUUCCACACCAGAUGCUGUAGUUAAGCCACAACCCAGGCCCAGUGACAGACUUAAUCCUAAAACAAUUGAUCCAUUCAGUGUUCAGUCGAGAUCUCCUUCUGCAUUUGCUGCCAUUUAUUCUAAAGGAGGCAUUCCUUGCAGUUUUCUCUUUUAUCUCAGGUUAGUUCAUGGCUCUGUAAAACACAAAUUGCAUUGGGACUGUAGUCCUGAAACACUUCCGUUUGAUCCUCUUCUUAUAACUUUGGCAGAGGGGCUAAGAGAGACAAGGCAUCCAUACACGUUUGUGUCCAAGGAGGGUUUUAAAGAACUGCUCUUGGUGGAAGGUGCUGCUCAGAAAGUCAUUCCACUGCUGCCUCGACUUAUCCCGGUGUUAAAAGCUGCUUUGGCCCAUUCAGAUGGAGAAGUAUUUGAAAGGGGACUGAGUGCUUUGGUGCAGCUGAGUGCUGUUAUUGGCCCUUCACUUAAUGAUCAUCUGAAGCAUCUACUUUCAAGUCUUUCAAAGAGACAGAUGAGCAAGAAAUACAAAGAGCAAAUCACAGAAGUUUUACAAAAGCUGGAACUGUAUGGUGGGAAGGAAAGCUUGGCUAUUAUAAAAUCUAAAAUUCCAACAUAUUGUUCAAUUUCCUGCUAAAGAAAGAUGUGAUGAAGAACCCCCUUGGAACUGUUUGGUGUUACUUCUUUUUCCAUAGGAUAUUUUUCUAUAUUUCUCAGGGAGAUAAGAGCUGGUCACGCUUUAAAAAGAAGAGUACUAAAGGUAAAAGUAUUCAAGACAACGUAAUUAUGGGAAACACUACACCUGGGAUGACCUUUGUUACAUUCCUUCUACCAGGAACUCUAAAAGAAAUUGUGUUACAUUUUCUACUGUCUUAUCCAUGUUUGGAUGUUCUUUAAUUGAGGAGUGGAAUAUAUUUAACAUAUCUGAUGUUAGAAGCUGAGAGAACAAUCCAGACAGUUUUAAACAUUAUUAUUUCUGCUUCAUGGGGAGAGUUGAGCAUGUCACAAUAGCUCUUUCAUUAAAGUUAUGAAAAGCUGAAAAAACUUAGUUUUUCUGGAUUGUGCCGUGAUUAACUUUUUUAAAAAAGCAGGAACUAACUGCUUAGUCACUGGAGAUUUAUUUUUAUUUUUAUAUGCUCUUAGGCUAAGAAAGGAUAAGAAAGGUGUGAAGUGUGUUUUCUUGUAAGAGGGUACAAAAUGUCAACACUAUGAUUAUUCUAGUACAAAAUAGAUAUUUAAAGUAUUAAAAGAUAAUUAAAAUGUUCAACAUAUUCUAUUAGUAUUAAAUAUUUAUUUUCUAAAAAUUGUGAAUAUUGGUUUAUUUAAAAAAGCAACAGCAGAUAGUCUCUUUUUUCAUUUUAUUAUAAAAUGUGCACAUUUAUUUUCACAAACAUAAAACAGCAAAUUUUAGGUGUACAUGUAUUGUACUACUCAUUGUCCUACACUGGUGAUAGCAGAGCAGCCUUGAACAUGCUUCUCCGUUCCAUUUCUACACCAGAAUAGAUGCUUGCUUUAGUUUAGCAAAAAUAGUUUUCGGCAUUCAUUGUACAUCUGUGAGCUCUUCAGAUCCUUUGUGCAGAAAUGUCACAAUAAAGAGUGGAAUAUGUCUUGUACCAGUAUUUGUAGGCUUCUGGACAGCUGGAUGGUAAUGUAAUGCUUUGAUUGUGUUGAGGAAACAUAGCUCUUUGUUGAAUACAGGCAGUCUUCUCUGUAAGUGAAGGUCAGGGAGAAGCUGAGUGAGUGGACUGGUUUAUGCCUGUCACUGCUCUGCCAUAGCACAGGUGUAUUUUCCUUUGUCAUUUCCAUGACUUAUGUUUGCUGCAUAUGCAAUGUCACUGGCAUACAGACAAGCUACAUGUUACAAUUUGCUCCUUUAAUAUUUUCCUUCAUCCCUUCCUCUGUCCACCCACUGUCUUUAAUAAACUCUGUCUUUUCUGCCCUUUGUGCACAAUGUUAAUGAAUAAACCAUUUUUGACAAGCA